AUGUCUCAAGUCCAGCAAUACUGGCUCCCAGGCUAUGGACUAUCAAGGCAUAUUGUGCUGGGGCAUAUCCAGUACUUCCUAGGACCAUCAGCAACUGUCAGACCCUAUACAUACCAGGGCCGCGAAGGCUAUCUUAUAGUUGGCGUACCUCUCACUCGGGAACAAAUAGACGAUCUGGCCGUCAUGUCCAAGGAAUACGAGCGGCAGGAGUCUCUCCGAAUGACAGGCGACGUCCUCGCAAGCAAUACAUGCCGGCAGUCAGAGCCCUACAUCAACGAGAUCGUGCCUGUGCGCGCUUCGGGUUCUCGCAGGCAACCCACCGAACACGGGGCACGACGAGGACGAUGA